AUGACCGUCAAUAAAAAACCGGAUGUCCUUCAUGAACUACAGCAAUCGUACUUAGCAUUUACGCUUUUGGACAGAAUUUGUUUCUCAGACCCAAAUCUCUUCAAGACUGGAAAUGCAUCAGAAAUGAGGCUGGCUCCAAUAACUACCGAACCGCCUCCCCUUAAUAGCGCUGGAUAUGGAGCCGAGAGUUUUGGUAGUGGCACCUACAUGGUGACGCACAACCAGUAUAAUUGCCUUUCCCUGGUGUCUACUGACGGGGUAGUUGUUAUUGAUACGCCCUCAUCUAUUGGCUAUAACCGUCAAUAUGCUAUUGGCAACAUCACCGACAAGCACCCCAGAAUUAUAUUCAUCUAUGCCGCUAUGCAGAAGGUUUUAAUGAUCGUCAACGUGAUCUUACCCGGGUGGGUGUCGUUUGCAUAUCUGGGCGAAGCAGAGGACAUGCCGGGCUUCGUCCGUGCGCAUGAUCAAGUCCUCCAUUACAGUUUUGACCAUUAUGUAGGCGGACAUCUAACCAGUUCUAGUAACCGAGUUGACGUGGUGGUGCAGCCAGCUGCCUUAUGCAACGAACCCAAUACCACAGCUGUAUCUGCUUGGUUAGAUAUUGUUACAAAUCGGAAAUGGUUGGGCCAAUUGUCUGGUGUAGACGUAUAUGGAUUCGAGAACUCAUAA